AUGUUUAAUGACUCGGAUAUUGAGGAUGAAAUUCAAGAUUAUUGUCUUUUAAAUGAAUAUAAAAAAAAUCCAUCUUGUACCCUUUUUCCAAAACGCGGUGAAAAAGAUUAUGAACCGGAUGGUACAUCUAGACAAGAUGAAAUACUAAAAAAGAAAAUAAAUUCUAUGUUUGAUGCUAUUUCUAAAGAACGUCGUAUUUCUAGAAAAAUAUAUUCAAAAGCUAUUUGGGUUCCAAGUGUAAAACUUGCAAAAGUAGAAAGAAUACGUGGCACACAAUUUAAAUCUCUUGGGAAGUUUAUUAAUAAUAGUAUCUGGCUUUUACCCGAGGAACUGAUUUAUUUGGUUGAAAGAGGUUCCUUGGAAUGUUGGUGGGAAAAUGGAAUUCCUAUGAGUCUUCAAGCUGUUUACUCUGUUUGUUUGGAAGAGUGUGGAGGGUUUGAACAGUAUCAAGUUUAUUCAUAUUUGAAACGCUUGGGUUAUUAUAUUUUCAGACCAAUAGAAGUUGAAAAUGAAGUUUCAAUACUUUCAUCUUCAAAAUUUUAUGGUUUUGAAAAUAUAUCGCCAUUUUUUGCAUGGAUGAAAUCACUUAUGAAUUUUGUUUACAAUGUUUUUGAAAAGUAUUCAACAAAUAAUUGGAAUACACUAGUUAAAAGAACAUAUUAUUAUUCGUAUGAUCAAAUUUAUAAAUCUCUACAAAUAAUUCCCUACCAUUGUCCUCCUAAUUCACAAGAAAAUUAUACCUAUAGUAUGAAUAAAAAAACGAACCCUUUUAAAAUAAGUUAUUAUGUUUGGAAACCUGUUUCAAAUUUCAAAAAAUCUAAACUUCAAAAUCCUGAUUUUCGUAUUGUUGUUGUAAAUGCUAGAUCAUCUUCACUUCCAUCACUAAAAGAAUUUGCAAAUAUUUUCGAUUUAGUCCCGAUAAAAAAUCAUGAACCAAAUACUACACUUUUUCAAAGAUUAAGAAAUGGAACCCGACAUAUUAUUUUUGCAUUGCUUGAUUCAGGAGUUAUAAGUUUUAUUAAAUUUUCUGAUAUUGGGUUUGGAAAUGAACAUAUAUACAUGAAGCAUAAUAAACACAUGAAAAAUAAAUAUAAGUUACUUUAA